AUGGUUGUUAAGGAUGCUGAAGACUCCGAACCAGAGGAGAGUCUUGAUCCAAAAGCAGGAUGGACUCUCAUGUUCGACGGCGCCUCAAAUGCAAUAGGCCAUGGAAUUGGGGCAGUGCUGAUGUCUCCCAAAAAUUUCCAUCUACCUUUCACCGCAAAGUUCUGUUUUACCUGCACCAAUAACAUGGCCGAGUGUGAAGCUUGCAUACAAGGGUUGGAAGAAGCUAUCGAGUUGAAGAUCAAGGUGCUGGAAGUAUUCGGGGAUUCCGCUUUAGUGAUACAUCAGAUCAUAGGUGAUUGGGAAACAAGACAUGCUAACCUAAUUCCGUACCGGGAUUACGUGUUAAAGUUACUCCCAAAAUUCGACAAAAUCACUUUCUCUCAUAUUCCUCGAGAAGAGAAUCAGAUCGCAGAUGCCUUAGUAACCUUGGCUUCCAUGUACAAGUUAAUAUGGCCCAACCAUCAGCCUCACAUUGAAAUUAGGCGUUUUGAUGAACCCGCGCAUUGCCUGACGACAACAGAAGAGCCAUAG